AUGGCCACGGAAGAAGAGGCCGAGGUGGAAUGGGUGGUGGAGGGCAUCACGCGGUUCCUGCGGGGCCCAGACUGGUCCAUCCCCAUCUUGGACAUCGUGGAGCAGAAAUGUGAAGUUUUUGAUGAUGAAGAAGAGAGCAAAUUGACCUAUACAGAGAUACAUCAGGAAUAUAAAGAACUAGUUGAAAAGCUGUUAGAAACUUACCUUAAAGAAAUUAGAAUUAAUGAAGGUCAAUUUCAAGAAGCAUGUACUUCUCUUGCAAAGACUUGUACAUCAGGUGUAUUACCUGACUGCUUAACAGAUGGUUCUGAUGUGGUCAGUGACCUUGAACAGGAAGAGAUGAAAAUCCUGAAGGAAGUUCUUAGAAAAUCAAAAGAGGAGUAUGACCAGGAGGAAGAAAGGAAGAGAAAAAAGCAGUUAUCAGAGGCCAAAACAGAAGAGCCUCCGAUGCAGGCCAAAGAAACGGCAAAAAUGAAUAAUUCCCAAGGGGAUGGUGAAUAUUUUGCACACGCAGCAUCAGAAGUUAAAAUUCCUGGCUUCCAACAUGCAAGCAUGGAGGAACCAAUAGCAAGUUUAUCAACACUUUGAACAGAAGCGCUCCGCCAGCGGGAACACUAUCUAAAACAGAAGAGAGAUAAAUUGAUGUCCAGGAGGAAGGACAUGAAGACUAAGCAGAAUCAAACUUCGGAGCAGAAAGGAAAACCUGCUGGGGAGGUGGAGGAAAUGACAGAGAGACCAGAAAUGACAGCAGAGGAGAAACAAACAUUACUAAAGAGGAGAUUGCUUGCAGAGAAACUUAAAGAAGAACGUUUUAAUAAGUAA